AUGCAUAGACACGUGCCCCGCACAGGACAUCAGGGGAAGGCUGUCCCUGCAGCCCGGGGUGGCUGGAGCGGAGUGGGAAGGCAGCACACGCUGACCCCAGCUGGAAGCCUUCUUUCCACUACCCCCACAUUGUCUCUGCUGGUGGACCAAUCGUUAAAAGAGGAACAAGACCUGUCCUGCUUGCCCCUAGAGAUAAAAGGAAAAAGGAGAGGGACACAAUACAUGUUUUCUAGGCCCUUUAGAAAACAUGGUAUUGUCCCUUUGGCUACAUAUAUGCGAAUAUACAAGAAAGGUGAUAUUGUAGAUAUCAAGGGUAUGGGCACAGUUCAGCAAGGAAUGCCCCACAAAUGUUACUGUGGCAAGACUGGAUGGGUAUAUAAUGUUACUCAACAUGCUGUACGAAUUGUUGUAAACAAACAGGUUAAGGGCAAGAUUCUAGCAAAGAGAAUUAAUGUGCAUAUUGAGCAUAUUAAACAUUCUAAGAGCCAGGAUAGCUUCCUGAAGAAGGUAAAAGAAAAUGACCAGAAGAAAAAUGAAGCCAAAGAAAAAGGCACCUGGGUUCAACUGAAAUGUCGGCCUGCUCCACCCAGAGAAGCACACUUUGUGAGAACCAAUGGCAAGGAACCUGAACUGUUGAAACCAAUCCCCUACAAAUUCAUGACAUAA